AAAAAAGAAAACAAAGGGUCUCAUAAAUUUUUACCCACCAUCAGACCAACUAUUCAAAUUUCAAGAAUUAGUUCUCUCCUCAUUAUUUUUCAUUUCAUUCAAACAAAAGAGACAAAAAAGGGAAAAACAUGAAGCUCUCUUCUUUCUUCAAGAACUCAUCAGAAAGUUCUUCUUCAUCUGCUUCUCCAUGGCCAUGGCCAUUACCAACUUGUGGCAAACCAAAAACCCUCUCUUUUAGAUUAGAAAAAAAUCACCACAACAUUUUCAACUCCACUUUUCAUCUUGAUGAUAAUGAGACUACAAGCUAUAGUCUUGAUGAGUUCUACACUGAAUAUGAGACCAGUUUUUCCACUACUACUACUACUACAACUAUUAAUGGUCAAGAUUGCAUAGAGACAAUGAUUAAAGGGCUGAGAUUAGAGAAAGAGAGGCUAUUUUUUGAGCCAGAAAAGACAAGUUCUAUCCUUGAUUAUCAAGAAUCCAAGAGUAUUAAUACCAGUACUAGUACUAAUGUUGUUGAUGAAGGUAAUAUUAAUAAUAUUAGUUUUGUUCCAAUGGGAUUGGAUUCAAAGGAUCCUUUUGUUGAUUUUAGAGAAUCAAUGGAGGAAAUGGUGGAAGCAAAUGGGAUUCAAGAUUGGGAGAGUCUUCAAGAGCUACUAACUUGUUACUUGAAGGUGAAUUGCAAAAGUAACCAUGGUUACAUUGUUGGUGCUUUUGUUGAUUUGUUGGUUAAUCUUGCAACUUUUAGUGGUCAUGAGAACAAUAUUAAUGUUGUUGGUGCUUCUACAAUGACAACUAUUGAUGAGGAACCAUGUUUGUUAUCUUCAACAACAAAAAGCCAUUCUUUCACAUCUCCAUUGUCAUUUUGUUCUUCUUCAUCUUCUUCUUCUACUAGUUCAUCUAUUACUAGUACUAGUGCUUGUUUGUCUUUGUUAGAAGAAGAUGUUGAAGAAGAUGAGGUUAUUCAGAAAAAAAAAUGUUGAUUGAAAUUUUAAUUUAGAACUAAGAAAUUUGAAAAAAAUAUGGAAAUGUAUAUGUAUACUAGCUAGUGGAGUAGUUUCUUUUUUGGUUUUUUCUAUAAAUUAAUGUUAUUGUUGACUCUC